ACCUUAAAAAAAUGCUUUCAACAAAGGGAGGUGACAACUUUGAUGACCUAAUCAGAAACUCCACCUCCCUUUUUCAAAACAAAAAGAGUUUGGCAUCCUUCAAAAUCAUGACAUGCAUUCUUAAAACAGGACAGAAGUACAGAGGACACCAUUUCAAUUGCGACAUAUACAGUAGCGAAGGAGAAAGUCAACAUCAUCCAAAUGUCCGGAAGUCGAUCAGGUUCAAAUGCUUCACAUAAGAAUGAAGCAGCUGAGGCAGAAGAAUUGUACACAGGUUUUCUGUACAAAUCCCCUCCUUCUGGCCAGAUAAAAUUGACGAAAUCAUGGAAGCGUCGCUUCUUUGUGCUCGCAAAGACAAACGACAGAAGUCAUGAGCUAAAUUACUAUAGAACCACUGAGAGAAACAAACUUAUAAAAUCCAUAGCUGUUUCCACCAUCACACUGCUGUAUGUGCAUCCUGAAUCACAUUCAGUGUUUGAAUGGAUCUGUAAAACAUUCAAGUGCUCUUCAUCCUCUGUGUUCUUCAUGAAAACAGAAAAUCCAGCAAACAAGGUCCAAAGAGAAUAUUUCUUCAUUGGAGACACCAGUGAGGAGGUGGAUAGAUGGUUCAAUGCUUUAUCCGGGGUUUUGAAGAAUAUCAAAUCUGAGUCAAAAACUGAACCUCAGAUUAUGCCAGAAUACAACUCUAGUGACCAAAACCCCUGUGACACUGAAGAGACUGAAGUUGAUAGUCCACCCCCACUGCCUCCAAGGGGAAAGUCAGCAUCUAAAGGUGUUCCCACUCAGCAGGGUCAAUGUAGCCAACCACCCAAGAACAGCCCAUCUGCAACAGAGGUUUGUGAGGAAAUGGAAAAAAAGGAAACUUUAGAUGAGACUGCAGAGGACAGCAAUGAGGACACAUCAUCAGGGGAGAGUGUGACUGAUACAUCUGAAGGCAGUUUGUUGUAUUGUGUCACAGAAGUCUUUUCAAAAAAUUCUUUGACGCAGCAAAAAUCAACUGAGUCAGACAAGUACAAAACACACAACGGAAACUGUGCCUCCACUAAGCAGGACGGAUCAGAUACAGACAAGAGUGAAACGCACACCCUUGUCGAGAAGGAAAUUCGUGUAAGUCAUCGUGAUCUGAACAGCUUGAUCUUUACGGAGGAGACAGGAAAACCAUGUGUGUCUGAGUGUCAGCAGAUUCAGGACUCAUGUCUGUUCCAUAAGGGGGAUCAGAUACUGGCUGUCAAUGACCUGUUGACAGACUCAGUGGAGGAGUUUCACAAAUACCUAAGAAGGCUUAGCAAGAAUGAGGUAAAACUGACCAUUCUACGGCUCCCAGGCUCUGUUCCUCUACAUUCUGAACCCUGCUGAGGACAAAAACAAAAUGACCUAAUCUCAAAGUGGGUUACUGUUCUUCAUCUGAUUUUUCAGGCCUUCAAUACUCUCUUCAUCAAUGUGAAAGUAUCUCAUGCAUUUUUUCUCAGUUGGUAACAGCACUGUGCUGGAGAUCAGUUGACAGUGAUUUAAAACCCAAUGAGCUGAUGAAAGUGUUUUAUUGUAGUAUAACUUCUAGUUUCACUAGUGGUGAUUUCUAAAACUACGCUUCACUGGCAUCUAUGAAUUGGUAGUGGCAGAUUGUACAGGCUGAAAGCAUUGCUUUUCACACAACCACGGGGAGCAUACAGGUUGUCAAAUGUAAAACAAGUAGCUUUUGUUUUCUUUUGUACAUUAAGGCUUGCUGAGCUUAUGUUCUUCUAAUUAAAGAUAUCUCAGGAAUGACUUAUUAUGCUUGUACAGAAUAGUGCAAAAUGACAUCAGUGAAGGUAAUAAAGUAACAGAAACAAAUUUACAAGUUUUAAUAUAACUUUCUUCUAGCAGUAAAUAAAUGUCGGGAUAGCAUUAAAGAUAUAUGUUUAACAGUAUUUUGAUGUUAUUUUUAAAGGGUUAGUUCAUCAUUAAGUACUCACCUUCAUGUCGUUCCACACCCAUAAGACCUUCGUUCAUCUUCAGAACAUAAAUUGAGAUAUUUUUGAUGAAAUCUGAGAGGUAUCUGACUAGUCCAUAGACAUCAAUACAAUCAAAAUUUUCAAAGACCCAGAAAGGUACUAAAGACAUAUUUAAAAGAGUUCAUGUG